AUGAAUAUUCAUGUCAUUACCUUUACCGUCGUUGAGUUGACUCCAAGUGGCUUUAAGUGUAGACAGUUUCCUCGUCUUACAGGUGCUGGAGGUGGUAUAGCCAUCGUUCAUAAAACUACCGCAAAAGUAAAUACAUCGUGCUCGCAAACAUUUUCAUCGUUUGAGUGGUUAGAGAUCACUGUUGAUUCAAAACAUGGACGUAUUAGGUACAUUCUCAUGUACCGCCCGCCUCCCAGUUUUUCUAAUAAACUGACAUCUAAUGGAUUUUUAUCGGAUUUCUCGGAUCUUCUAGACAUUUACGUUUUGGAUACUACACCAAUCGUCUACCUUGGAGAUUUUAACAUUCAUUUUAAUAAGCCAGACAAUCGUGACACCUGCAGAUUUCUGGAACUUUUAAAAAUGCAUGAUUUAGUGCAGCUAGUAGACAAACCUACCCAUCGUUCUGGUAACAUUUUGGAUUUAAUUAUUACCCGUGAGAAUAUUGUGUUAUCAUUGGAAGUGAACCAGGCCGCAGCAAUCUCUGAUCACUAUCCCAUUUUCUUUAGUUUGUCAAAUCAUCAUGAUAAUACAUCAAAUCGUACCAAAAUUACUUAUCGCAGCUUCAAGAACUUUGAUAGGGAUAAUUUCGCAUCUGAUCUACUCGAAUCUGGGUGUACUAGAACAGUUGACCAGGUAGAUUCUACAGCUAAGUUACGUAUUUUCAACACUGCUGUAUCGGAAACGCUUGACAAACAUGCCCCCAUGACUGAGAAGACUGUUCACGUUCGUGUGGCCGAGCCGUGGAUAAAUGUUGAUAUUUACCACGCCCGCACUGAACGCCGUAAAGCUGAACGGACGUGGCGGCGAACUGGUUUAACUGUCCAUCGCCAAAUCUACAAAUCUAAACGAAAUAAAGUUAAUGAUCUUAUUGAUGUAUCACGUAGGAGUUAUUUCGCUGAUAAGAUCGCGGAUUGUAAUGGUGACCAAAGAAAACUGUUUUCCAUCGUAAAUGGUCUUCUAGGCUCGACAAAUAAUUUGAAUGCGUUGCCGAUUCACGAUAACAAAAUAAAUUUAGCGAAUCGUUUUAGCAUGUUUUUCGUGGAUAAGAUUAAGAAAAUCAACCAAGGACUAAAUCUAAAUUUAUUGAAUGGAAACCGUUUUAACGAACUGCACAAGUUCUCUGGUGAUGAAUUGAAAUGUUUUGAACCAGCCACGGAGGAUGAAAUAAUUAAAAUUAUAAAAAAAAUCGUCGUCGGUUUCGUGCGAUUUGGACUGUUUACCCACUAA